AUGUCGUCGAUUAAAUCCCCCGUUGGACCACGAGUGGAAGUUAAACAGGCUCAGCCGCCGCCGUCGACAAAGAUUGCGGGCCGCUCAGUCGAACUGGAACCGUUGGGGGUUCGACAUAUCGAACAUUUGUAUCCUCUGAUCGGAACCCCGAACCAAGCUGCGCUAUGGACAUAUAUCUCCAAAGGACCAUUCACAGACAAAACCAGCUUUACAAAAUUCAUGAUCGCGAAUGUGCAAUCUGAAGAUCCCUUUUACUACGCCGUCAUCGAUAAGAAGACCCAAACGCCCGUGGGUUUCUUCAGCCUUCUCCGUAUUGAUCGAACAAAUCGCGUCAUUGAGAUCGGGUUCAUUGUUUUCUCUCCGCUGCUGCAACGAACCACCGCAGCAACCGAGGCUGUGUAUCUGCUUGCUCGUACCGUCUUUGAGGACCUUGGCUAUCGUCGGUUCGAGUGGAAGUGCGAUAAUCACAAUGCGCCAUCCAAGAGGGCUGCAACUCGGUUUGGAUUUAAGGCGGAAGGGGUCUUCCGCCAGCAUCUUAUCGUGAAGGGUCGGAACCGGGACACAGCGUGGUUCUCAAUCUUGGAUGGUGAAUGGCCGCAUGUGAAACUCGCAUUUGAAACUUGGUUGGAUCCAGGGAAUUUCGAUGCAGAAGGGAAGCAGUUGCACUCGCUUGUCGAGAUUCGCGCUUCCGCGGAAUCGUGA